AUUGAGUUUCCUGGCCAUUUCUGUGGCCGUGUAUGGGAAAUAAAGUCAUCAUGUGUGGUGUCCCCCAAACGGGCGUUUUUUCCUAAACUGAUAGUGUGUGUGUUGGAUGCAUCAACGUGGACUGAGGCCAAGUCGAAGUCGAAUGCACCCUCGAUGGCCUCAGUCUAUAUGGGUGUCGAUAUGAUUGGGUUGCCGGUCUGUCUGCCCCCAGUGUCUUCCUUCCCAAUGAAUCAUGUGCACCCCACCGCAAAGCACCGCACCGCACCCACGGAACAACCACAAGACGCUCAACCAGAGUCAAACCCAAUGGACAUUCACACGACAAAGCACGUCACGUCAUUCGUCACUCACUGAAUGCACUUCACCAUGGCAAGAAGAUGGAUGCACUUGACUUGCCAUGUGGUCCACCGCCGAGCAUCUCGAUAGAUAUGUAUGUAUACACCUCCGUCAGCGUCAUGGUUGAUGUAUGGGAUGGCAGCCAAUCCAAUCGGUCCCCUCGUCGCGGUGCGACGCGGCGAGGAGGCACACAUACUACACAUAUUACAGGUGUGCACACCCAUACACCCAUGCAUCAUGAUGUGUGUGUUGGUUCUUGUCAGGACGACUGUACACAGGGAGGGAGCAUUGCUGAGCACACAGCUGAGCUCCCGGCCACUCGAGAAUGAAUGAAUGCAGGCAGGCAGGCAGGCAGAGAGGGAGACAGGUAGGGAGGGAGGCAGGAGCGUUACUAAUUCAUUCAAGCAAGCCACACAUGACAUGCAGGUGAGUGAGACGGCGAGAAAAAUGGGUGUUGCAAUGGAGUCAGUCAGUGUACACCUCGGCCUUUAAAUCAGACCUCCGUCUGAGGGAGGGAAGGAAAAGGACGGCCUCGGUACCGUAGGAAAGGCAUAAACAAUCUAUGGCUUGGGGCGUCUACGAAGGGGAAAAAACAGAAAGGGCAGCGGGUAGAGGGGAAAAACGGAAGACCAGCUGCCUGCCUGCCUGUUCGCCUGUCUGUCUGUCUGUCCGUCUGCACCCAUGGAUGGAUGGAUGGAUUAAAUGUAGACGGUCUUCUGCUGCUGCCGUGGCGGAUACUGUCUGCAGAGGUCUAAGAGAUCCUUCAUCCAAUGGUGUGUGUCGUUGGUGCCCUGACACACACACACACACACACACACACCGAAACAGCCGUCCACCUGAGUGUGCCCAUCAGGCUGGUGUCGACAGCGAGUGUAGCGUGUGUGCCAUCGUACCAUCAGCCAUGUGAUGUGCCCGAACCCAUCAUACGUUCUAUCAUACACAACUGAAAAUGACAACACGGAAGGGAGGAAGGGAAGAGACACACAUACGUGGUGCACCGACGUGGGAAGCCAUCAGUCUUCGUUGGUCGCCUCACUCACCAGAGCCGCUGGGCAGCGCUGCCUUCAACCUGUCGACGUCCUGCUUUGACGAAAGCUCAUCGACGCCCGCCCUGCACGCCAAGGCACCAACCACACACGACACAGACGACCCACCCGUAUGGCCACAAGAUGGCAUGCAUGGCCGGACAGCCGCUGUCAUUGAAUGCAUUGCCUGCAAUGGUACCUGAAAAGGGCGACAGGGACUGACGCAGGCCACUUGUCAAGUAGGAAUGAAGGCGCAUGCCAUUGGUGGUAAUGCCGUCGGUUGCCAAUCCAGCCGUAGUCGAAGGCGCUGAAGCGGCCAUGCAGGUAGAGCUGCUCAAAGUGCUCCAGGUCUUGCACGCUGGCCGCAUCAGGGAACCAGGUAAAGGACCAGUCGACAUCGCUCGCAUUGUCGUGGCGCACAGAGCUGUCCAGCAGCAGCCGCACAAACUGCAGACACGGACAGCUCCCGAUCGCCUGGCAAAACAGACGCAAACCCUCACGCAACAACUGCGCCUCCUGAACACAAACACGGGCCACAGACAGAGUGAGGUGAGCUGUUAUCCAUAUGUCAUGUCAGCAUGGGUACCGCUCCAUCUGCAGGGAAGGCCUUCAUGCCGAGCCCCCUCAGCUCCCACGCCGCCCUCACUUGGCCGAGCAGAGCGGCCAGCGGACUGCUCAGGUGCCGCACGAACGCGAUGGGGCUCAGCUGGACAAACAGCCGCACCGCGCGGUGCUCGAGCAGGUCACUCGGGCCCCACUGCCCGGCACGGCCCUCCGACGUGUGCAGCAGCCCUCCGUUGUCCAGCGGUGUGAGAGCCCCCAGCAUCUGUGUGGUGCCUUGGGAGUGACCCACAUAGAUCAGGUCGUCCUGAGAAGUCUCGUUGAGAAUGUACUGGAUGGUCGCAGGCACGUCGAACUCGGCCAUGUCCUGCCAUGUGAAUGACCAGAACUCCUCACUCUCGACGUGUAGCCGCGUGUGGUUGCGUGAGAAGACCGUGCCUCGGCUGUUGCUGAUCCACACAUCGAACCCAGACCGGUGGAGCAGCAUUGCUGGGGCGGCCUGCGGUGCAUUCCAGAACCAGCACCACGCAGAGGCGAACAGGCCGUGGUUGAGAAAGAUGACAGGCCGACCCUUGUUUGGCAGCCGGAUGAGGCGAAGGAUAUAGUCAUCUGCAGUGGCGACGAAGUGGUCGCUCUCCACGGGGUAGUCGUGGUCCUGAAACGAGAACGAGACGACAAGAGAGAGCAUGAAGGUGUGUUGGUGUUUGUUCGUGCCGUUUCACAUUCACUCCAUAGAAAGAGCAUAGCAUGCAGGCAAUGCAGACACAGGUGGCUGCGGCUCUCUGUGCUUCUGCCGACCUGGAUGAACCGGCCCAGGCAUGUCGAACAGUACUUGGGCUCUCGUGCAUCAAAGUGAGUCAAGGAAGUCGAUUCAGCAUUGAAAGCAAGCAGCAAUACGACGAGUAAGCCUAGCAGUGCCGUCAUUUCGGCCUCAGGAACAUGCAAAAGCAGCCGAG